AUGGAUCAGCUCAAGAAAGACUACCCGUGGACAAAGGCGCCUUUGGUCUGUGUCGCCCCAAUGAGGUUGAUCGCCUUAGCAAGUCUGGCAACAGAAGUCUCUCGAGCAGGAGGUCUAGGAUUCAUAGGAGCCGGAAGUGAUGCUUCGAAUUUGGAAACAAUACUAGAGGAAGCCAAGCAGCAGAUUGCUGGGGCCCAGGUAUUGAAAGAGGUCGAGGAUGUUAUGCCUAUUGGAAUUGGCUUCUUAUUAUGGGCUGGCGAAGAGCUGUUGAAUGCAGCGUUGCCGCUACUUGCUAAGUAUAAACCAGCUGCGGUGUGGCUGUUCGCGCCACGACAGGUCGGCGACUUUGAGGAAUGGACGAGAGAGAUCAGACGAGUGACGGAUGGCAAGACGAAGAUCUGGAUUCAGGUCGGCCAAGUCGCGGAGGCGUUUGAUGUGACGACGAUGUGUGAGCCGGAUGUGCUCGUCGUACAAGGACAAGAUGCUGGUGGGCAUGGACUUGAACAAGCCUCUGGCCUCGUACCGCUUGUGCCAGAAGUGGACGAUGCUGUCACCAAUCUGGCGCAAACCAAAGGCAUCAAGAAACCUAUUCUCAUUGCCACUGGUGGCAUCAUGGACGGUCGUGGAGCAGCUGCUGCAAUCGCCCUCGGUGCCAGUGGAGUAACCCUGGGCACACGAUACUUGUCCGCACCCGAGGCGAAUAUCGCCAAAGGGUAUCGAGACGCCGUCUUCAGUGCUUCAGAUGGUGGCGUCUGGACCAAGCGCGUCAAGCUCUACGAUACUCUUCGCGGUACACGCGAUUGGCCAGAGCGCUAUGGUGGCAGAGGCGUUCUCAAUGAGACGUGGUUUGAUUCAGAAAAGGGCCUGAGCAUUGAAGAGAACCAGAAGCUAUACGACGAAGCUAUGAAAAAGGGCGAUGAGGGCUGGGGCGCAAAAGCUCGUCUAGCAACAUACGCUGGCGCCGGCGUCGGUCUAGCAAAGAGUGUCAAGUCAGCUGCUAGAAUCACAGAAGAGGUCCGCGACGAUGCGAAAAAGGCGUUGAAGCACGCCGCUGCCAUGGCUGCCAUUUAG